AUGGCCGCUGUAAGCGAACGGAGAAGAUACGAAUACCAGCCCUUGGGUCCUGGGGAAAUCCGCAUACUCAGACUUAGGCCCGGGAGCGACGGGUCGGCGCUCUCUGGUGACCUUUUAGUCGUGCCAAUCCACGCUGACUAUUUGGUCUACGAUGCUCUAUCCUAUAUGUGGGGUGAUUCGACGCCAACAGAUGUUAUCUACCUCUCGGACGAAGUAUUGCCUAUCGCAGCAAACCUCACGGCUGCUCUGCAUCAUCUUCGAUACAUUCACAGACCGCUCGUAUUAUGGGUUGACGCAAUUUCUAUCAAUCAAGAUGAUAUAGCUGAGCGUGAGCUGCAAAUUCGGAUCAUGAGGCAAAUCUUCAGUCUUGCAGAUACGGUCCGUAUCUGGAUUAAUGAACCCGACGUCGACGACACAAACGAAGCUGUUUCAGCAUUGAAAGAUUUCUCCAACGCAUCUGACCGUGAAUUUGAGGAACUUGGCCCGAAUCCAAGUUUCUGGGAUCCUGUGGUGCCAAUCUUUUCGAAUCCGUACUGGAAUCGCGCAUGGGUACAACAGGAACUUGCUCCGGAAUGGGGGAGACAUAUGAUGCCUUUUGCGUUAUACUACACCCCAGCCGCCAACGAUAUCGCAAUAUACGCAGACGGAAUUAAACUUUGGCAGCUAUUGCGUCUCCUUACAAACUGUAGUAAUCUCGCUAUGACCGAUACGCGAGACCGGGUCUAUGCUCUUAUGCACCUCGCGGAGGACUAUGAAGAAGGUGGCAUCGAAGUCGACUACGCUAAAAAUGAGGUAGAUGUCAUGAUUGAAGCGGUUGCUUAUCACGUCGCAAGAGCACAGGAUAUUGAUUUCUUAGACGAUUGUGCUCUCGGUGUAGAUAAAUGCUCUGUUCACGAUGGCGGCACUUGUCUGGAUGUGCCGUCUUGGUUGCCUCGAGUCUGGCUGGGUUGCGACACUGGACAUUCGCUUUCUUCCGAAAAAGGACCAAUGCAGACUCGGUGUCUUCCAAACUCGAUCCUGACCACUGAGAGGCGCCUUCGCGUCCGGGGCUUGAGGUUUAACACAGUGCGACGAUGUCUUAACCGUGGUAUAGACUCCCCGGAAACGACCAUUGAAGAGUUCUGGAUUUCUUCCUUUGGCAUCUACUUACGGGUCUUUGGUGGCUAUAAGGUUCAAAGCCUGCCACGCGAAUUGUAUUCAAUACUCGUUCAAAAUUUCGUACGGAUAGUCCCAAGCUUCAAUGACAUGGUACUAAGCCUGUCCACUUUUCUCCGUCUCGCCCAAGACCCACAGCUUGCCAGACGAGAGGUGGGCAUUGAUGGGAGCCUCUUAGUUGACCUGGUAAAAGCGUUAGACGGGGCUUCCAUAAUUGUGCUGGGAGGGAUCUUGGAACUCCUUCAAGACAGGAUGUUAAUCUUGAAUGAAACUGGAAAUCUUGGACUGAUAUCAAAAUGCGAUUUAGAUGAAAAAACUGAUGAGAUAUGGGUCGCACUGGGAUGCUCUUACCCGAUUAUUCUGAGACCGACGGACAACGGACGUUAUCAAUUUGUUUGUGCAGCUUAUAUCCCAAAGCUUGAGGAAUUUCAGGUUCUCAAAGAUCUUUCUAGCUAUGUUCAGCCGGAAGAUAAGGUUGGCGAGUGGACUGUUGUGGAUAUUGAGAUUGAGUAG